CCGGUACAGUAUUCUUGGAUUGUUAAGAUUAAUUUUACGACUCAUUUCUAGCAGAAAACAGUAUUGCGAUGACGACAACCGACAUAGACGUGAUUCUGAGCCAACUGGGCUGGCAGGAUGGCUUUAGAAUUCCUGUAGCUAAUGAGGAAAACAAACGUUUGGAGGAAGAAAUUGUUAAAAAGACAGCAUGCAGGUUGUCGCUGAACACAAAACUAGAAAACCUAGAGGAACGAUUAAGGAUGAUCAAACAGCACGCUAGCGAUAUCGCGUCGCGUCACGAAUUCAACCAGAAGCUACUUACUGAACACAUGAUCCAGCUGGAGGCAGAAAAUCAUCUCUACCACUUAAGCAGCAAUAUGGAAUCAUCAUUGCGCCAAGAAGCACGCGAAUUUGAAAGGGAAUGGACAGAUGUGAACUGCAGAGUUUCAAAUGUGGAGAAGGAGCUGCUGAAGAUAAGCAAAAAGCUUGUUGAGACCAAGCAGAUAGUUCAUUUUGAUGAGGACAGCCUGCGCAAAUGGGAAGAAACACUUACACGUAAGGAAGAGGAUAAUCAGCUGAUAGAAAGUUACAUGAAGCAGGACACGCAAAAAUAUAAGGAAUUAGAACAGCAACGGCAGAAGCUCAGUACAGAGCUUGAAAUUUAUCGUCAAGCUACCGUGAAAGCCGUCGACGAAGCACAGGAGUUGGAGGUCGUCCUGGAUCGCACGGCGAAAUUGUGUAUGGAGGCGUUGAAGGAGCGCAAGCAGAUGAUAAAUCAGUGGACGCAAAGCGUAAACGUUCUGCGGCAAAGAGACAACGACAUACAAAACUGUCUGAGAGAGAUCGAGACGUUGCGAGAGAUCGAUAAAGAAAAGAAAAGGAACCUCGAAGAAGCUGAACAGUUUUUGAAAGAUCAAGUUUUGAACAACAAGCAACUAGAGGAAUCGAUUAAACAAUCAGAAAGGAAACUUAUUGCUAUCCGAGACGAACAACGUAAAACUGCGGAGAUGAUCGAUAGUUACAACGUCGAAGUCUAUCAUCAAAAGAAGUUGGUAACAGAUCUGGCACGUCGUGUGCAGCAAGUUCGCGCCAACACGAAACGGAAGAAAAUCGAAAUUGACGACAAACGGACAAAGGCGGACGAUUGCAAGAAGCGAAUCGAAGAUUUAACGUCAACGUUAGAAGAGAUCGAGAGUCAAAAGUUGAACGUUGAGGACAGAACAAAACGAUUGGAAAAGAUGAUUGAGCAUAACGAAAAACGGAAAGCCACGAUCAUCAAAGAAUCAAAGCAACUACAGUCCAUGAUUUUACGCACUACGAAUAAAAUUGUGGAACUAGGACACGAAAGAAAAACUCUGCAGAUGCAGACACAGCGUGAACAUAAGAAAAUCGAUCUGCUGGCUGGAUUGUUAGCGAAGGAAAAGAAGCUUUUGGAGGACAAGAGGGAGGCUCUCUAUCAAGUCGAUUUUAACCUACAGAAGUGCGAGAUGAAGCUCGAGCGCAUCAGAGGUCUCGAACAUGACAAGAGCGAAAUCGAGAGGAAGCAGAAGAGAAUAGAAGAGCUACAAGUUGUAUUGAGUGAAAAGACUGCCACGUCCAAGUUGCUGCAAAGCCAGAUCGCCACUUUGGAGCACGACAUGAGAAUGACAUCGAACUGUUUGACGAACGAAAAUAAUGAAAUUGAGCGACUGAGAAGUAAAAAGCAAGACUUGUUGCUGUUGUUAGACGGAGGCGAGAAGCGAUUGAAGGCCGCACAAUUCCGAAAUGAAGAGAGGCAAGUAGAGGAAAAUAUAAUGCGCCUCAGAGUAUCACAGCUCGAGCGAAUGACAUCGAACGUGAGCGACAAGGUGUACAAUUUAGAGAAGUAUCGUCUUCAUCUUGAAGCAGCACUCAAGGAGCGCGCAGCGGAGAUCGCGGCGCAGAAGGAGGCGCUCGCUGUGCAGAAGAGAAUCGCCAACAACGAUUGCUCAGAGCUGCGUGUCGCCAUCGUCGAGAGGAAAAACAGAAUACGACAAUUGCAGGCGCGAUACGAUACCAGCGUCGCGGCGUCCGGCGCCACCCCGGAUGGAGUGCCGAUGAGCACCGCGUAUCUCAAAAUACAGAGCGCUCAGGAACGAUAUCUAUUGCGGGAGCAAGGCGACAAACUGGACGAGACCAUCAAGCGAACCGAACAGGAGAUACGCAGUAUGGAGAACACGUUGCGCGUGGUAAACGUGUGCAAUGACAAAUACAAGGAUAGUCUGGGCGCAGUCGACCAGAACGGACCGGAACAGAUGGAACAGAACAAACUCGACGAGCAGCUGCACAAAGCGCAACAGAAGCAAUGCCAGAGGCAAUCGCAGCUGCAACGAUCGUUCGACGAAUUACAGAAAACACAGAACGAUUACUCUCAACUGCUCGACGAUAUCGAGAAAGCAAAGGAAGAGAGGGAGAAUAAGCAACGAUACUUAUCGAGUGUCGAGAAACAGGUAGCGGAACAGGGAGAGAAGAUGUCUAGAGCCGACAAAUGUCUUCGUAAAGUGCUGAAGGAUAUACAGAAUUUGUAUAUUUACAAAAAAGACGACAUUGUGCUUUUGCAACAGAGGGAGGUAGAUCUACGAGAACUUCAGGAACAGAACGCGUUGGUUCUUCAAGAUAUCGCGGAAUUCACGAUUCGUCACGUGGAAGCCGAAGCGUACGUCAAGAAAUUACUGAUGGCCAAGAAUAUCGAGUUACCAUUUUUCUCUCCGUCGAUUAGAUCGCCCAUUAGUUCAUGCGACAGCUCUGCAGACUCCGCGGAGCAACCUCUGAAGAGCACUAGCCGCGUGAGCGUUUUCACAAUUUCAAAUAACUUCAAAAUGUCUACAUUGACGCAAGUGCAGAGUACAAAAAGUUUUGGAGGAUGGCAAAAAGUAUAUUCGCAUGACAGCACAGAAUUAAGAUGCAAAAUGAAAUUUGCCAUCUACUUGCCACCUCAAGCUGAAGAAGGUCCUGUUCCAGUUAUCUAUUGGUUAUCUGGUCUCACUUGUACUGAAGCAAACUUCAGUGAGAAAGCUGGAGCUCAAAGACAUGCUGCAGAACAUGGUGUGUUGCUUGUUAUACCAGAUACUAGCCCAAGAGGACUAAAUAUUUCUGGAGAAGAUGACAGUUAUGAUUUUGGCAGUGGUGCAGGAUUUUAUGUGGAUGCAACAUGUGAACCAUGGAAGAAAAAUUAUAGAAUGUACAGCUAUAUUAGCAAGGAAUUACCAGCUCUGAUCAAUAAAGAAUUUCCAACUUUGCCUGACAAACAAUCUAUCAUGGGCCACAGUAUGGGAGGGCAUGGUGCUUUAAUAUGUGUUCUUAAAAACCCUGGACAAUAUAAAACUGUCUCAGCAUUUGCACCCAUAAGUAAUCCAAUGCAGUGUCCAUGGGGAAAGAAAGCUUUCUCAGGAUAUCUAGGAGAAACAAAGGAUAAUGACGCGUGGAAACAGUGGGAUGCUACCGAACUGGCAAAAAUAUAUAAUGGACCACCUUUAGAUAUUUUAAUCGAUCAGGGUAAGGAAGAUCAGUUCCUAAAACAAGAACAAUUGUUACCAGAGAAUCUACUAAAUGCUGCAACAAAGGAUAAUGGCAUAGCACUUGUCCUCAGAUUUCAGGAAGGCUAUGAUCACAGCUAUUAUUUUAUAGCUACAUUUAUUGAGGAUCACUUCAAACACCAUAUGAAAUUCCUCAAAAGUUAGAUCCAUCUGAUGUUAUUAUUCUUUUAUUAAGAAAAAAAGAUUUUCAAAAUAACAGAUUACAUAUUUUUUACAGGAACAAAUUAAAAUAAAAAAACCAAACCGUUUUUAAAUAAAAAUUAAGUUACAUAAGUAAUAAUUGUUAUGCAAUUUCUACAUAUAUCAUUGUUUUGUUGAGAAACAAAUUAUAUUUCAUUAUAUAAAAUUGGAUACUAUAAAUAAUAAAAAUAUAUAAUAUAUUCUUUUUCACUUU